GCAUAGGCGCGCUCUUAAAGCUAGGCUAGAUUCACAAACUUAGAGAGAGAGAGAGAGAGAGAGAGAGAGAGAGAGAGAGAUCCCAAGGCACCACGUUUACUUCAGACUCGGACUUUUUUGGCUCAUGUGUGUUGAUUGGACGAGCAGUGAAACUGUCAAACUACGUGGAUGGAUUGAACGGUUUAAAGAGUUUUUAAUGACCAAACGUAUCUGAUUGUGUUUAUUUCCAGCCAUUCGGAAGUCCUCUAACUGGAGAACUGAAUAUGACAUCAUUUGUUUCAGUGACUGAAGAAAAACGCUACAGUUACUCCAGGUCUCGGGAUGGUAACUAACCCGGAGACAGGAGUGGAUUAUACUCCAUAAUAUCUGCUGUAAAGUGUAAUACACACAGGAGCAGCAUCGGACGCGCGUAAAAGAGAUAAAGUGAAUGGUUUGUGCAGCAUGGCGCGCUGGGUAAGCUGUCUCUUUCUGGGUUAUCUCACAUGGCACUUGUACGUCCUCGAUGCACGGGGAGAGUACUGUCACGGCUGGCUGGACAACAGCGGAAACUAUCAUGAAGGCUUCCAAUGUCCGGAGCACUUGGACACGGCAGACGCGGCGGUUUGUUGCGGGAGCUGCGCGCUGCGGUACUGCUGUGCUGCCACGGACGCGCGCCUGGACCAGGGAAGCUGCACCAACCACCGGGACAACGAAUACACCGAAUACACACCACAACCUAUCUACAUGCCCUUCCUGAUGGUAGGCUCCAUAUUUGUGGCGUUUGUGGUCAUUGGCUCAUUGGUGGCUGUGUACUGUUGCACGUGUUUACGGCCCAAACAGCCCACACAGCAACCGAUCCGCUUCUCCCUCCGUAGCUACCAGGGUGAGACCAUCCCCAUGAUCCUGACUGCAGGGGCGGCACCCACCAGCCUGCGAACACCGUCGCGUCAGUCCAGUACCGCCACCACCAGCUCCAGCAGUGCUGGCGGGGGCAGCUCGCUGCGUCGCUUUUCUCUGAGCAGAUCAGAUGCUUUGGGACUCCAGCAGCCUCCACAGCAGCUCCUGCUGGCUUCAGCUUCAUCCGUAUCCACACCAGUGUCCCUGGCACCAGCUCAACCCUUACUGCCUCCUCCACCUCCACCUCCAUACUCAUCUCCACAGUGCCUGCAGGGCAGCGGCUCGUUCGUGCACACACACCAACACAGCCACCAUCAGAGCCUCCACACGGCCCAGAGCUCCAACCUCCUCCUGUCACAGCAGUACUUCUUCCCCCUGCAGCCAGAGCCGUUUGGUGGGAGUAAAGGCUUUGCUGAUUUCAGUCAGAGCUGAUCUGGAGCUCAGGACACUGGAGCUGCUGUUAACUUGUGCGACACACACUCGAACUCUCUCUCUAGCCUGAACUGGAAUACAACAUGCAGUGAUGCUUCUCUGGAAAAAAAACCAUCAUGUCAGGCUUUGUGUUGACAUGUUUUGUGUUGCAGAGAGUUUAGCUGAAGCUGAAGAGCUGCUAAAACUGGCAGGAAUAUGACAGGCACAUAACUACAGAGGAAAGCACAAUAAUUUGGGCUGGAACUCAUACUGGAGAAAGCACACAGGCCCCCGUUUGCACCUCUUAAUAAAUUAUAUUCAAGAUCUGCACUUUCAAUGCGUUUUAUAUAAAUAUUUCUCGGUCUCUGGAUGCGUGAUAAAAACAGGGGACACUCAAGGAAACGACUGUGAGAACAAAGAUAUGCUUAGAAGAAUUAUUCCGGACUACUUGGUUCUCAUUCACUGAAUUAAAACAAAGCAAACCAGGGAUUAAAUGAAUCUUUUUUUGACAAUCAACAAAAUGUUUAACGCUUACUAGCUAAAGAGUGCCAGGUGUGUAAAAGUGUGUUUACCUUCAUAGAACAAGAUGAAAAUAUGUAGUUGCCUAAAUGAGAAGCUGAUUGUCCACAUUGUUUGUCAGCACACUAUGUAGUGAACAAACAGCUUCCAACAUCGAGCCAUAUUUCUUAACAUUCCUUAUUCCUCUUUCUCAACUACAACAGAGUUAAGACAGUUACCUCUGGGACCGUUUUUCUUUUCAACUGUUUGUUUUUCCAUGAUCUGGUUUAGGUUUUGUAUUACAUUUAGCAUAAUUCAUAGAAAGCUGAAUAAUUGCCCAUAAUCGCCCUGGUUUCAGGUUACUUUAACAGCUACACGCUCGCUGCUAGAUUUGUGGUCAGAGCAGUACUGAGAACUCACAUUACUGAAAUAUCGGACCAACCGGAGCAGCGCGUCGUGGUGAAGAACGUUCAAGGACGAGAACCGUGCUAAAGCUCCGUUCGGCUGUUUAUUUUAUUUUUAAAAAAGUGCAGAUUAAAUGUCACAUUAAAAAAAAAAUUGCUGUAAUAAAGUAAUAACUUGAGUUUGCUGUAAUAAAAUAAGUUUUAUUUGAAUGUGGGAACAGACAUAUGAUAUGUCCUUGGUAGAAUCUGUGAUUAUUUUUAGAAAAGACAGAGGAAGGCUGUGGUUUCUCUGAUCAACACUGUACAUUACUAAUGCAAGGUGCUUUAUUCCAUGGACAAAUUAAUAAACACGGGCCACCAAGACUGA